AUGUCUAAGUUCAAAAGACUGAGAGCAUAUCUGCGUAGGUGGAACUUGGAGGUCUUUGGUAAUAUUGAUGAUCAACUUCAAAAAGCUGAAGAUGAACUCCAUAAGUGGGAUUUGAUGGCUGAAUCUGGAUCCUUGUUGGAAUCAGAGGUGAUUAGAAGUCGGGAGAUCAGAAGUCAAGUUUGGAAUCUAAGUAGAAGUAAAGACAGGUUGUGGCUACAAAAGUCUAGAAUGUCAUGGGCACAAAAUGGUGAUAAAAAUACUAGACUAUUUCACUUGAUGGCAAGUAACAGGCAGAGGAAAAAUUUAUUGGAUUCAGUGCAAGAAAAUGGUGUUGUGGUGGAGGACCCAAGUAUGGUGAAGCAAGUAGUGGUGAACUACUUUAGAAGAGUUUUUGCUGAAAGUUGGAAGAGCAGGCCUAAGUUGGCAGGGCCUUUGUUGUCCAUUAGUUCUAUUGACUCAAAGGAAGUGUUGGAGGCAGAUUUUAGUAAAGCAGAAAUUUGGGCAACCAUUCAAGACUGUGAUGGGAAUAAAGCCCCUGGGAGGGCUUUAAUUUGUAUUGCAUUCAAAAGUGCUGGUCUUUAA